AAAGAAUUCAUCAAACUAACUGUUGAGAAUGAUUGAGACUGAUCGUUUCGUCAUGUACACCUUGUACUGUUUCAAACUUUUUCCCGUAUUCUUCGAAAAACAACUUAACACUAUUAUCUUCUUCUUCAUCUUCAAACAUAGGUGGGUCUUCAAAAGCAUCAGAAAAUUAUAGAUCUAUUUGAGCUGUUGAUUAUAGUUACACUCCAUCUAAUCUAUGCUGCAAUUACAAUUCAAGCAGAACAUGCUUUAGAAAUUGCAAGGUGUAGCCAGGUUGACGAUUCAUUCAUUAUUGACCCAAGCAAGGUUUCCACCACUGAGAAAGAGUCAAUUAUGCCUCGUCAUCACUCUAUUUCUGAAUUGUUCAAAUUGACUCCCGGGAGUAGAGUUAUAGCACUUGGUCGCUAUCACGAGGAGUGUGAUAUUAUGGCUUCACCGGGUAAUAUCAGUCUUGAACAAUGCAGAUUUGACUGUAAAGAGCUCUUGAGAUCAACUUGCAGAAUUACAAAAGUAACCAUCUUUGUCAUCGCUUUAUAUAUUUACAACUCUAGGUUGCUCAUAUAUGAUACGGAGUACAAUUCAAAGUAAGAUUCAAAAUACAGCCUUCUUAAGAUUUAAGUGUGGCAUUGGAGGACCAUUAAUCAAUCGCCAUGCAGAGGUAAUUGGAGUCAGUUUUUUCGCAUCGUAUUUCACUCCUUUUCUACCGAUCAACAUAGUUUCCAAGUGGUUAAAGCACUACAGGGAAUUUGGGAAGUAUUGUCGUCCUUGGCUUGGAAUUGAAGUUAGUAAUCUUUUCACUGUUGAAGUGUGCAUCUGGGAAAGGAUUAUCCAAAAGUUUUGCGAUUUAAAAAAUGGCAUUAUAGUUGAUGAGGUCAGGUCAGGCCGGUUUCUGCGCUAGUCAUGUUCCUUGAUUUGCAUGAUCGCCUUGCAAAAGAAAUCAUGUAAUGGAUCUUUCCAUUGUACCAAAAAUAUCAAUCAUGAAUGGGCUAGUAAACAUCUCAACUCAUGGAUAUUGACAUAUCGCAUGAUCAUGUGGGAAAAAAUCAACCUAUGAUUGUGAUAGUUUCAGACUGUUUCCAAUGAAAGCUGUGAAGGGAAAGGGGCAUCUGGUGUGAUUGCGUAAACAUUACCACUGAGUUUUUUUUUGCUUGAAAUUGUAGUGUUAAUUAUUUUAUACGAUUCAUUAAUUUGUCCUAUGAAUUUUACGGCAGUGAUCCUAACUAGUUGGGAUUAAGGUGCUAAACAGCUAAUAGUGAGGAUCAGUAUGUAUUAUCUUUCCAUAUUAAUGAAUUACGUAGGAUUGCUUUAGGGCAAACACCUCUAGG